AUGUUGACCACUCAGUUCGUGCUCCUCCUCGUCGUCCUCAUCGCCUUGAUUUCCGUUGUCGCUGCCGACUUCUCCUGCUUCUUCGGCGACUCUAUCUGCAAAUCCAUCACCUGCAGAGUUUGUUUUUGAACCUAUUUAGCUUUUCUGUACAACUUUUCUCAAGAACCAAAAGCUCAAGCCAUAAAAAUAUUCUUAAAGCAUUUUUCCCGUGAAAAUCAUAAAAGCUCCCUCAGGUGACGGCAAAUGGCCAAAGUUCAGGCAAAAACGUACAUUUUUGCGAUGUUUUUGCGAUAUUCGUUCGAAAUGCUGUUACACUUCGGACAACUGUUGUUUGAAAGCUUUUUCGUGGAAAAAAAAUUCCAGAAGACUGAAACGUUUUCGUUGAUUUCUGACCUUUCAACUGUCCGAUAAACGGAAAAACUGCUUGACAUUUAAAUUUUAACUGGAAAAAUUAUAAUAUUUUGUUAUCUAUUCAUAUCAUCUUUCUGGGAUACGUUGAAAAGUCAGAUCCUUUUCAAACUUUCUUCAAAAAGAACAUAAAACUGAAUUUGAGUAUUAAAAAAAUUAGCUUUUUUUCUUAAACAAUUUCAAUUUUCUAAAAAAAAAAUUCAGAACUGCGCCGUCGCCGCCUGCAUCAACGGCAACUGCGUCUGCACCAUGUGUUAAUUUUGCAUCAAAUGAAAAUCCCAAAAAAAAAUCCCUUUUCUGUAUUUAAUAAAGAUUUAAACGCACAGUGUUCCUUACAAAGUUUAUUCUCGGGCAAAACUGAAAAGCUCCCCAAAAGCUUUUCUCAAAAAAAGACCUUGAAAGGGUCCCCAGCAGGCCUUUUUUACAUCAUUUUAGGAGCUUUUAGAGGAAGCAUUUUAUCUCCCUCUCACCAGGGAAUGGUCUCAGCUCACAGUGGGACUUCUGAAUGAGACCAUAUCCUCUAGAUGUAGUUUUUCACGCUGAUUCCAAAUCCGUUUUCAAAAGCUGCCACCGAGGUCUGUGAGAAAAGUUAUGGACCCUCAAAAGUCGAAAAUUUCAUGGUCUCCGAUCGAGCUCAUUUUUGGAGGGUAUAUAGUCCUUGUUUCCCUUGUCACGAAAAACCAUCAAAUUUUUCUCGAAGAAAUUUCGAAGCUAAGAUAUGACCUUUCAAAGCCCCGACGCACACAAGAGCAAGCGCGCGCGGUGUCCUAUUGCGAUCCGACGGCUGUCGAAGCAACGGCAGCGAGGAGCAGCCCCACUGUGAGCUGAGACCAUUCCCUGGUCAGGAUCCUUUAAGGAUCCUCAAAGGAACUUUUCCGUUUUACCUAUGUUUACCAAGAUUUAUAAGUAAUGCACAGCUUACAAGGGAAGUGUUUUUGGUGGCCGGUUGAACUUUUGUUGAAACUUUGCUGGAAGGUACUAUAAGACCUCCUCUUUCCAGAACACAAAUAAAAUUUCUCGCAAUAGAUCUCGUUUUCGAGUUAUGAAGCUUCAAAGUUUGCACGCUGAAUGAGUGCUGCAAGGCAAGAGGGAAUCUGGCCCGCGUACGAUCCCUCCAGUUGGCAGCGUGGUGUAGUGGCUAGCGUCCUUGCACUGCGGAGUCUAUGACUUAGGUUCGAAACUUUUUGAAGAAUUUCGUUUAUGCCAAAACUUUCCUAGGAGGAAUGUAUCGACAUUGGGGAAAUGGACCAAACAUUUCUUUCCAAAAUAAAAUAGUUUGUUAGUGUAGAGCUUUCCGUCUCAAGAUCUUUCAUUUGUGAAGCCUUUUUUCUAUCACUAUUUGAACACCGGUCUUCCAUCGUUUUAAGACAUCAAUUCUUAAAAGUUCAAUGAAACUUUGACUUUCAAGAAUUAUAACGAAAAACAAAAGGAAUGACUAUUUGCAUUCAAGAAAGCUAAGUCCAAAUAAAAGAUUAUUUUUUUUCUUUUUAAAAGCCAAGCGGCACUAUUUCAUUAUUUGAGAAUCGAGCCUAUUUUUUAAAAAUUUACAGUUAUUUUUUUACGUCUCGAAUGUCUUGAAUGAUUUUUGACGUUUAAAACAAUACAAAGACGAGGAAAAGUAAGAUUUUAAGCGAGAAGUUCAUCCUUUAUCAUCAAAGAACACAGAAAAAAUGGUUUUAUAAGUUGAUGAAAAAAUGCACAAAUUUAUACAGUAACCUUUCCUUAUUCAAGCGGAAAACAGGAAAAUUAGAAAAGAAAUGAGAACAUGGAAAAAUGGGAAAAAUGUGGACUUUCCGUCAGUGGCUUUCGAAGAUCUGUGGUCGAUUCACCGUUUCAUUUCUCAUUAAAACUUGAAAACAUUAAAAAUAAUUUGAUAAUCGUUUUUACGACUCCUAGCUUCACUCAUGUCUAAUUCAAUGGAAAAUAAGAUAACAUCAAUUUUGUUCAGUUUUUCGAAGAGCUGAGAUAGCCGAUUUCCGAAAGCAUCAUUUUUUAAACAUAUUUUUUCUAUCGAGACCCUUUUUCAUACGUGAAUAAAAAUAAGCCAGGCUUCAUUUUAUGGUUGUCUUUUCAAAUUCAAAAAGCGAAAUUUUAAGAUGCAAUCAAAGUUUUUUCAAAGCUUUUCUCCUAUAAAAGAGCAGAAAAAAAAAAAGAAAAUUCAAGAUUUCCUUUCCUUCCUCAAUUUCGGAAACUUCUGUCAACAGGUACUUUGAUGGUUAACUAAAAAAAUAAUGGUUUAAGAAAAAAAGUCAUAAGUGUAUUAGAAAAUUAUUCAAAUAUGGCGCUGUCGACUUAUUUUUUUCGCAGAAACCUUUUCAGUUCAUCGCUGACUUAUCACAAAACCAAGGAAUUGUGAAUUUCCAAAGAAAAAGGUGUUUUGUUAAACGUCUCCGAAUUUUCUCGAUUUUAACUUUUUAGAAAAACGAAAAAUGAAUUAGAACAGGAUGCAAUUCUCCUCGAAACUCCUGCUUCUCCUCGCCUUUUUGUUCGUUUCUUUGAACGCCGCCGUUCAGGCUGAGAGCUGCGCCGACAGAUGUCAAUCCAAGUGUAUCAAUGUCAACGUAAUGAUUCCGAUCCGAGUGAUAGAAAAAAAAAUCAAUCUUCCAGCAAUGCAGAUCUGGCGGCUGUGCCGAGGACGGCGUCCACUGCUACUGUCGCGACUGCCCGGCUCGGGAGUGA